CAGGAAUGCCCAUGAUUAAUUCAAUAAGUUACCAAGUACGGUGAGCACUUCUGUCUAAUGAAAGUGGUGUCCCGGUAAUAAUAACAUUAACAUUGAGGCCACCUAUGCUUGGCUACAGCUAGCUAGGUACAUAUUCGUGACACCACGACUGGCUGAACAGCUUGGCCAGAUUGCACACACAUUUCGGCUUCAUAAAUGAUCAGGUGUUACAUGAAAUUUAUGUCGCACAUAGCAAUGCGUUUAACCCACGUAAAUACGUAAGCGUGGUGACGCCAGGUGUGGGCAGGGUGAUCAUCCCGACACUCGUAUCCUAGAGUCCGGGGCUAAAAUCAGGUUUCCCACACUGGGCCUGACGUCAACCAGCGCCGCAUUGAGUGGGAGAGGACCCUGGAUGAGUAUGUCAUUAUAUAUAUGUGUGAGCGCGCAGCCUCGCGAUUGAGGGAAAAUGGAAUUGUAGAUCUAGAAAUAAGUAAAAAUCAAUUAUAAUUACACACUUAAUCUGCGUUGAAAUAGCGAGCGAAGCAAUUGUCGUCAAAAGAGCUCCAAGACGAACGAAACCUGUAGGCGAUAUACCACCACAUAUAACAAAAACGAUCGGCUAGCGGCGUCAUUCUUAUUCAGCAUCAUGCCGUACCCCUUCCACCCUCAGGAUUUCCCAGUCAACCAGGAUGUCGUCCUGCAGCCGACGAAGACAUUCUAUCUAAAGGGCGCGAUCCAUUUCAAGACGAAUGCGCAAAUCUACGACCUGUCGGGCCGUCUGCGCCAGCCGUGGAACGACUUCAGCCACGCCUUCCUAGACGAGGUGAGCGGAGUAUCACAGAAGAUGCGCGAGGGAAGUGGCAGCCCGACGUACGAGAUCUCGAGCUGCGGGAACAUGAUGCGCACAAUCAAGACGAUGACGGACUCCCAAGGCCAGAAGCUGUGCGACCUCAACAUUACAUUUGUGUCGUUCGACAAUUCGACGGUGAAGUUCCCGCCGGGCAGCCAGCACUCGCGCCACCACAUCGAGAUGUAUCCCGUGGACGACAACGGCAACGACGAGGCGAAGCACGAGGCCUUCGUCAAGAACAGCAUCCCGUACUUUUGGGAUAUGACACGCGGUCGCGUCGGCAUCUUGUACAAGUGCCUGAACCAGCAGCGCGUCGAGAUUGCGCGCGUGGCUGGCUUCGGCUUUGAUAAAGAUGCCGUGCUUGUUCUUAACGGAGACGAGCUAGAUGAUGUUGUUGCCGUGUCGACUUGCAUCAUCCUUUUGAAUGGCCGUGAUGCUAUGGAUGCAUGAGUGGGCCGGGAGAGAAGCGGGAUUUCUUUCCAUUAUUAAUGAUUUGGAUGUAAAUAAUACUCUUCAUGGAGAGACGGUACUGGCAAGGGAUUAGGUUUGGCGU